CUUACCUAACAAACAAAAUUUAACACGCAUGACACCCCACAAACCAAAACCAUGUGUGCGCCUUUUCCACUGCCUCUGGUUUUGCACACAAACUAAUUAAACUAGUGUCUGUGUUUUCCAUUAUUGUCUCAAUCUCACACUAUAUAUUAUCAAAAAAAUGCACCCCAUAUUCAUUCAUCUUCAACUCAUCAAUUAAUAUUCUCCAUACACAUCAAACUAGACAUACACUACCUAGCUUGUUCUUAAAUUCCACACAAACACAACAAAAACUAUUAGCAUCAUCUACUUUCUAGCUUAUUGUUCAAGAGUUGUGAUCAAGAAUGAGUUCAACAAGCCGUGCUUGGACUUGGACCGUGGCGGCAAGUGUUGGAGUGGUGGAGGCCUUGAAGGACCAAGGUAUAUGCAGGUGGAACAGUGUGAUGAGAUCAGCACAACAACAUGCUAAACAUAAUAUGAAGUCUUUGUCUCAGACCAAGAAGCUUUCUUCUCAAUCAUCUGUUAUGGCUUCAGCCAAAUUGAAAGAUGAGAAAGCUAAGAAGUCAGAGGAGUCCUUGAGAACCGUUAUGUACUUGAGUUGCUGGGGUCCCAACUAAAUACAGAUGCAUGGAUUUUAUGCAAUUCUGGAUUUUUUUUUUCUUGGAAUAUGAAUUGCAGGAAGAUGAGAAAUGGAAGACUCAGAAGAUACACCAAUCAGAGAAGAGUUUCAACUCUCAACCAACACCAUGUUACUUGCAUGCUAUGCUUGAACACCUGUUGAUCAAACCGAUCGAAUCAAAGGCUGAACUAAGAAUAUAUAGUCUGAAGCAUGUCUUCUGCCUUUAUUUGAUCGAUAAUCAUCUUUGGAAUGAUGAAAUUUGAGACAGAAAUUGCUAUAUAUGUAUAGGAUCUUUUACAUGAUGACUGGGGGUUAUGUGUUAUGCUGAAUAAUUGUAAAGUGGAAUUUAUUAGCCAACAAGUAUUAAGAAAUGACUUUUUCUCUGCGAAA